CAGCAAAUUGAACGACAGUUGAAAUGUCUAGCCUUCCAAAAUCCCGGACCACAGGUUGCUGAUUUUAAUCCUGAAACUCGAAAACAAAAGAAAAAAGCUUACAUGUCCCAGAUGAAUGGAUACUACACAACAACCAACAAGGCUUCAGUUAAAAAGUAUGACAAGCAAGGAAAACUCCUGUGCAAUAAUGAAGAUUUAUGUGACUGCCUGGAGGAGAGCUGCCAAGGAUGCUUCUAUCCAUGCCCAAAAUGUGGCUCCAACAAGUGUGGCCCAGAAUGCCGCUGCAACAGGAAGUGGGUCUAUGACAGAAUCCAGACAGAGACUGGGGAUAUUAUAAGUCAGCUCCCUUUUUUUGUCCCUGAUUAG